GACAAGGGGAGGGGGUUGGUAUCCCCAAGGCGGGGAGCCAGGGGAUCUGCGCCUGGCGGAGGGGGGCCCGCUGUGCUUUGCUCUAGGGAGCGAGAGGGUCUCUCUGCUUCGGGGACAGGGCUGGGGAAGGGGACGCCCCGCCCCGGUGGUAGGGUCUGGGCGCUCUGCGCCGGGGCUAGGGGUAGAAGAGGGAACGGAACCUUCUUCGGCACCUUUAGCCUCUUGCCCUGGCCUUUGCUGGGGGCAGCGCCCGGGCUCCCCUUCCUUCGGCAGGGCACCCAGCGCGACCGAGGUUUGGAGCGGAUCAGGGCUGGUCUUGUCUCUGAUGCGCCCUCUCUACUCCCUUCCGCCGCAGGGUCAGCUCGGGCUGGGGCCGCUGUGCCAGAGCGGGGGCGGCUCCUUGGCUGGACUGUGGGGCUCCUGGCCGUGCCCGAAGCCCUUCACCUCCUGCCUUCAAGCUCAGGGAGGAGGCGGAUUUACUUCAGCGUGGCUCCGCUCCCCUCGCUGCCGCCCAGAGAUGGUGGGCCACCUGCACCUGCAAGGAAUGGAAGAGAGUCUGAAAGAGAAGAGCCGGGAGGGCCUGCUGGACAGUCCGGAUUCCGGGCUGCCUCCCAGCCCGAGCCCCCCUUUCUACACCCUGGCUCCCGGGAUCAUCGAGGGCAGAGCCGGGGGCAGCAGCACGGGGACGGAUCACCCAGGACAUGAGCCCAGAAAGGAAGUCAAGGAAGGCAAAGUGAUCCCUUACCUUCUUGUGAACUCUUCUGUGCCAGAGAUGAGGCCUCGAAUGUUCCCGGUGUUUUUUGGCGAAAGCAUUGAGGUCAACCCUGAACCUGUGCAGGAAAUUAGGUGCAACUCGGAAGUGAAAUAUGACUCAGAGAAACACUACAGGGACGACAUCUUCUACGGACCCAUCCCCACCGUGACCGCCUACAGCGAGACGGUCAUUGCCACGCCAAACUGCACCUGGCGGAACUACAAGUCGCAGCUGAUCUUCGAGCCCCGCCAGAAGCCCCUGCGGUUCCAGAGCACAACCAUCAUCUUCCCCAAACGCACCAAGAACAUUUACCGAACCACCCUCACUUACAGCCUGGGCUGUGCCAAGCGCUGGUUCGCCUCCAGCGUGCAGCUGGAGCUGUGCGAGGAAACCAGCCCCUGCAUCAUCUACAGCGAGACCCUUUCAUCCGCCCGUGCGGGGCUCUGACGAUCGCAAGGCUGCAUCCUUCGCUGGCCUCUCCGGACAGACAGAUUGGCCAGGUGCCUUCAUUGAUGGUGACAGGCACUUGACUACUAGCGGCUGGGCGUGCAUGGUCUUAGACGCGUCUGAACUGCUCCAAGAGGAGGCUUAGAGGGGACAUACUUUUUAUGGAUUUGGUCAACGAAAGGCUGGCAUUUGUUGUGGGACGUUUUUGAUGUUCAUGCUCUGGAUUUUUAUUUUAUUUUUUGACAUAUCUAUUUUGACUAGCAUUUCAAUGAAAUCUGAUAGCAAAGGCCCUAGAUUUGCAGUUACCAUACGUUAUAGUGCUGCUUCCCAGCUCCAUGGGUCUUCUCUAGCACAUAGGCGCGACUUAACAGUGCCUUGAAAGCUGAUCCUAUCUGAUAGGAGAAGGCCAGUUGCACACUCACCAUCCAGCCUGCACAGCUGCUAUCCGCCUGCUUUUCCUAGUGUUUAAACACAGAGAAGACAGUUGUUAUUUUUAAUUGCAUAAAACAUUGAUCCCACGCCGAAUCCCUCUUUGGAGGAUGGCUCCAGGAUUGCAUUGCGGCACCACAGUGACCUCCAAUUUAGCUUUAAAAAAAAAUUGUCACCAAAACAGGAAAGACGAUCGUGCCGACAAGGCAUCAGCCUUUCCAGUAUAGACAAGUGCCAAACUCCCAUUUGAGACCCUUCCGAGGAGCCAGAUGUUUACGUGCCAUAGCGGGAUACCAUGCAAGGGGCUUUUAGGGGAGCCAAGAACGGAAUGCUUCAGGGGAGAUUUGCAUUCUAAGGAGGAUGCAAGCCAGGGAAAAUGGCAGAAAGCUUAGCUAACUGGGAUAAAACACACAGAGAGGACAGAUCUAAUUCAGGAUUAAUCUGAUUUUAUGCAAAGGCGGCUUACGACAAUCAGGUUAACUAGGUGUAGGAGAAUAUGCUUUCAAGGGCAGUUCCUUGAGGAUCAAAAGCCUUUUCUGUUGUAUGAGAUGAUAAAGACCAUAGCAGGAGCAGAAUUUUAAACUCCGAGUUGAAGAUUGUCAACAGGACAGAUGUUUCCAAAAUUCAGCAGAAGGGGGCCGUGGCUCAUCGCCAGCCUGCUGAGUCCGGUAAUAAUGCACAAUAGUAAUAAUUCAUCCAAGGACAAUGAAAGGACCGCUAUUCCUACCCUCUGCUCCUCCCACAAGCUGGUUAGUUCCCAUGCAGCUGUAAAUACAUGGAGGUGGGCAGCCUUCAGAAGGUGCCAGCGGACCAGCACCAGCAGCCAGGUUCAAACCUGGCUGAUCCCUCCCUGCCACCUACAGGCUCUCAGAGAUCUGGCGCUAACAGAUACUGUCACUGGGUCCAAUGGCAUCUGCAUGCAGAGACUGAUUUGAUACCCUUUUCCCACCUCUUCUUCACAAAGGAUGGAUUUAGCCCCCUGGUGCUUUAUUUUUCGUGAGGUGAAGCUGCAGGAGAGAAGUUGGUUGCUCUUUUUUAAAUGCUUACUUUCACUUGUAGCUAAACCAUGAGGAAACCGUCCACUCUAGGGCUUCAACUGGCAUCAGCAUUGAAAGGGAACGAGAAAAGAACAGUGCUCUGGCAGGCUCUGUUUUACUACAGGACUCCAUAUGUGGUGGCAUCACUGUACUGAUCCAUUGUUAGCUGUUUUCAUUUCCCUCUGGGGAUAACAAACUGCAGCAAGAUAAGCACGGCUCUGGAUGGGAAAGGAAUUAGGGAAAUCAUGCUCAUAGUUAUGAAAAAUGAACCCAUCCAGCAUCACCCAUAAAGAUUAUUUGAUGCGUCUACAAGUGGGACUUCUGUGUUGAUUAGACUACAACAGACUACAAAAUGCUAAGCAACGGUGCGUCAGUAAAUGACAAUACUUAUGCAGAGGGGUAAGAAAGCAAUAGAAGAUCCCAAAGCUGUUGCUGUUUUGUGAAUACAGGCCACCAGGGCUGGGAUUGUCAAUGGAGACUAAAGGAAUUAGACACCUAACUCUCACUGGAUUUGUAUGGGAUUUGGACAUCUACAGUAAAAUUCUGACCAGCACCUAAGUGAUUUAGGAGGCUAAGUUCCAUUUUCAAAGGAAACAAACUGAGAUCCGCAAAGGUAUUUAGAUACCUAACUCCUCGGGGAAUUAUGCACCUAAAUAUAUUUGAGGAUCUGGGCCUUGGGCACUUAGGAACUUUUAGUCUCAUUUAAAAAUCAAUAGCCCUUAGGUGCCUAUGUACCUAUGUCACCUUGGGAAAUGGGACUUAGAAGCUCUUGAAAAUGUAACUCCUGCAGGCUUUUUUAGCUAAACAGCUCUGGAAGUUAAUUUCUAUUUGGUUUUCUUAAGUGUUUUGUUUUGUAUUUGUCUUGCUGCAGUUCUGAUUCAGUUAUUUCAGUGUACACAUGACCAGCCAAGUUACAACAUCUAAUAAUAAUAAUAAGGAAUAACUCA